ACUCAUUUUGAUACUCUUCAAAUGCUCGAAAUUUGAACUUCACUUCAAAAUGAGCAUCAAACUGGGCGCCGAACCCUUGCGUGCCUUUCGUGUGACCAAGAUCUUCAGGGAAGCGCGCAAGCUGAAGUACUCCAUGUGCUUUUCCCAGGAUGGACAACAUCUCUUAGUCUGCGAUCAUGACAAUUUGAUUGUCUUCGAUUGCAACAGCCUUCAGCAGCUGUGUGUGGUCCACUUGCAGAACUAUCGCCCCGAAUUGGCUUGCUUUACACGGCGCAAUGAUCAACUGUUGCACAGCUCAACGAAGAUGAACUAUGACAUACGGUAUUUGGACUUGACAAGUCAUCAGUACCUGGCUGAAUUCAAGGGUCAUACGGGGGCGCUGCGUGGCUUAUGCUUUCAGCCGGGCAGCGCGCACCGCUUCAUGAGUGCCGGCUGGGAUGAUCGUGUGUUUCUGUGGGAUCUGCGCUGUGGCAGCUACACGCAACGGUUGAAGCAUUUGCAGCGUCCACUACUGGCUAUCGAUCCGUCUGGCUUGGUAUUUGCUACGUGCCACAAUGCGGAGCGCCUCGAGAUUUUCGACGUACGCAAGGCGGGCGGAAAGCCGUGCCAUCAGUUUAGCUACCAGCUGAACGAGCAGGCCAAGUGGACGCAGCUGCAGUUCGCGCCGGAUGGCAAGAACCUGUUGGUCAACACCGACCAUGGCUGGUGCUUCAGUGUGGAUGCAUUCAACGGACACUUUAGGCAGAUAUACACAGGCUAUGCGAAUCGGGAUCAGCUGCCGCUGCAGGCGUGCUACACGUCCGACUCGCAGCACGUGUUGGCCGGCUCGGACCGAGGACGCGUUCAUGUGUGGCGUGCAGCCAGCGGGCAGCUGAUGACCGUGUUGCACAGCAAGUGCAGCCAGUCGGUGCACUGUCUACAAUUCAAUCCCCAGCGUAGCAUGUUCGCCAGCAGCGAUGUGAGCACGCGCCUCUGGCUGCCGGGCAAACGCGCCUUGCCGUCAGCUGACAGCGAGGAGCUGCCGACCAUCGAUUUAACGCGCAGCGACUUGGAUAUGCAUAAAAUCAGACACUGUCGAAACUGGCCAAAGCCCAUACAGGUGCCUACUUGGCCAAAUUCCCCGUCGCCCGCUGUGAGCCGCCGGCCCAGGCGACGCAUGCCACGCAUGCCACGCAUCACCAUAACUGACGAUGAGAGUCUAGAAGAGGGCGAAAUACCUUGUGCCACACACACUCGCCAUCAAUCAGCCGGACAUUGAAAGUUUCAGUGGAACUUCAAUUGCACUCGGCCAAAAAGAGUUUGAAGCCACAGCUGGAGUCCAACAACUUGAGCACAUUGCACAGCUGGCUGCAGCAUAGGAAAACUUUUCAGUUACUUUGCUAG